AUGGGUAAUUUAUCAUUUAGACAAAAGAAGGGCAGGAAUGAUUUGUCGAUCAGUAAAACAUCGUCAUGUGGCCUUACCGAAUUCUGGAACCAAAAAAGACAAGAUUUUAAUGAUAUCUACUUUAAUAAUAAUAAUUUUCCACCAGCUGAUGCUUCGGACUUUCGUGUGACAACCAUAUUGGAUGAAGGAUCUUUCGGUUCUGUUGCAUUGACAACUCACAAAAAAACUGGUACUGUUCAUGCUACGAAAGUAAUUGCCAAAAAGAAAAUCGUUAAAGGUCGUAAUGUGCAUCGAAUGCUUAAUGAGAAACGGAUCUUGGAGUCCAUAAAUUUUCCGUUUGUCAUUCGCCUCGAGUAUUUCUACCAAGACAACAGUUUCAUUUACUUUGUCAUGCCGUUCGUAUGCGGUGGUAACAUUCACACUCACAUGAAACGCCACGGACCGAUGGACGAGGGCAAAGCGCGGUUCUAUUUUUCCGAAGUUCUUCUGGCCGUCGAAUACCUGCACAAGUUAAACUUGGUGCAUAGAGAUAUCAAACCCGAAAAUGUACUAAUCGACGUCAACGGGCAUGCUCAACUCGCAGACUUCGGGUUUUGUAAACACGUUAAGGGUCGUACGUUCACGUUUUGUGGCACUGCCGAAUACUUGGCGCCAGAAAUUAUACUCAGACGAGGAUACGGAAAAGCGGUCGACUAUUGGUCGAUCGGCGUUCUCCUGUACGAGAUGUUGGCUAACCGUUCGCCGUUCGUCGAUCGCGACACCGGCAAGCUGUUCAGGAACAUCGUGACUGGUUCGUACAGCUGCCCGUUAGGCUUCUCGGGCGACGUGAUCAACCUGUUGCGGAACAUCCUCAAGGUGGACGUGACCAGGCGGUACGGGAACCUGGCGAACGGCAUCCGGGACAUCAAGAAGCACAGGUGGUUCGAUGACCAGGACUGGUGCUCGGCGUUCGACAGGCGAGUGACGCCGCCGUACGUGCCGGUCAUCAGCGAUACCCUCGACACCAGAAACUUCGACGAGCAACACGGCCGUCUGUUCUACGACGCCAGCAAGGACAUGUUCGGCGACAUUUUCAAGGAUUUUUGA